CGUGUGACAACAACAACUCGUCCAGCCGGCAGCCUGCACUUUUCAGCUCAUUUUCUCUCUGUCAUUCCCCUCUCAAUCUUUGAUCAAUGUACUUGCCAGGGAGAGCCCAAGUCCUUCAAACCUCCUCCUUUUCACCUUCAUCCUUAACUUUGUGCUAGAGCGGGACCCACACAACAACAGCCGACCCUCCCCGCCCCCCGCCCCCAAACCAGCCCUCGAUCCCAGCCCCCGGAGAGGACUCGCAUUUCGACUUGCGGGACACUUUCGUGCGUUUCUCUCCAGAGCGCCUCUCGUGCUCGCCCCUCCUACGCUCGCUCUUUAUUACCUUCACCUCCUUUUCUCCCCCUUCUCUCCCUUUCUCCUUCUCGUUCUCUCCCGGAGUUGUUGUUGUUGCCCCCCUCGCUCCUUCUCCCCCCUUUUUUCCCCUUCCCCUCCCGGGGGUGUGUGGCAACUUUUCCCCUCGCUUCUCCUCCGUCUGUUUCCCCUUAUAUGUGACCAUGGCAGUGCCGGCGGCUUUGAUCCCUCCGACCCAGCUGGUCCCCCCUCAACCCCCAAUCUCCACGUCUGCUUCCUCCUCUGGCACCACCACCUCCACCUCUUCGGCGACUUCGUCUCCGGCUCCUUCCAUCGGACCCCCAGCGUCCUCUGGGCCAACUCUGUUCCGCCCGGAGCCCAUCGCUUCGGCGGCGGCGGCGGCGGCGGCGGCGGCCACAGUCACCUCUACCGGCGGCGGCGGCGGCGGCGGCAGCGGAGGCGGCGGCAGCAGCAGCAGCAACGGAGGCGGCGGCGGCGGCGGCGGUGGCAGCAACUGCAACCCCAGCCUGGCGGCCGCGAGCAACGGCAGCGGCGGCGGCGGCGGCGGCGGCAUCAGCGCUGGCGGCGGCGUCGCCUCCAGCACCCCCAUCAACGCGAGCACCGGCAGCAGCAGCAGCAGCAGUAGCAGCAGCAGCAGCAGCAGCAGUAGUAGCAGCAGCAGCAGUAGCAGCAGCAGCUGCGGCCCCCUCCCCGGGAAACCCGUGUACUCAACCCCGUCCCCAGUGGAAAACACCCCCCAGAAUAAUGAGUGCAAAAUGGUGGAUCUGAGGGGGGCCAAAGUGGCUUCCUUCACGGUGGAGGGCUGCGAGCUGAUCUGCCUGCCCCAGGCUUUCGACCUGUUCCUGAAGCACUUGGUGGGGGGCUUGCACACGGUCUACACCAAGCUGAAGCGGCUGGAGAUCACGCCGGUGGUGUGCAAUGUGGAACAAGUUCGCAUCCUGAGGGGACUGGGCGCCAUCCAGCCAGGAGUGAACCGCUGCAAACUCAUCUCCAGGAAGGACUUCGAGACCCUCUACAACGACUGCACCAACGCAAGUUCUAGACCUGGAAGGCCUCCUAAGAGGACUCAAAGUGUCACCUCCCCAGAGAACUCUCACAUCAUGCCACAUUCUGUCCCUGGUCUCAUGUCUCCUGGGAUAAUUCCACCAACAGGUCUGACAGCAGCAGCUGCAGCAGCUGCUGCUGCUACCAAUGCAGCUAUUGCUGAAGCAAUGAAGGUGAAAAAAAUCAAAUUAGAAGCCAUGAGCAACUAUCAUGCCAGUAAUAACCAACAUGGAGCAGACUCUGAAAACGGAGACAUGAAUUCAAGUGUCGGACUGGAACUUCCUUUUAUGAUGAUGCCCCACCCUCUAAUUCCUGUCAGCCUACCUCCAGCAUCUGUCACCAUGGCAAUGAGCCAGAUGAACCACCUCAGCACCAUUGCAAAUAUGGCAGCAGCAGCACAAGUUCAGAGUCCCCCAUCCAGAGUUGAGACAUCAGUUAUUAAGGAGCGUGUUCCCGAUAGCCCCUCGCCUGCCCCCUCUCUGGAGGAGGGGAGAAGGCCUGGCAGUCACCCAUCAUCACAUCGCAGCAGCAGCGUGUCCAGCUCCCCUGCUCGGACUGAGAGCUCUUCUGACAGAAUCCCGGUCCAUCAGAAUGGGUUGUCCAUGAACCAGAUGCUCAUGGGCUUAUCACCAAAUGUACUUCCUGGGCCCAAAGAGGGAGAUUUGGCUGGUCAUGACAUGGGACAUGAGUCAAAAAGGAUGCAUAUUGAAAAAGAUGAGACCCCGCUUUCUACACCAACUGCAAGAGACAGCCUUGACAAACUCUCUCUAACUGGGCAUGGACAACCACUGCCUCCAGGUUUUCCAUCUCCUUUUCUGUUUCCUGAUGGACUGUCUUCCAUCGAGACUCUUCUGACUAACAUACAGGGGCUCUUGAAAGUUGCCAUAGAUAAUGCCAGAGCUCAAGAGAAACAGGUCCAACUGGAAAAAACUGAGCUGAAGAUGGAUUUUUUAAGGGAAAGAGAACUAAGGGAAACACUUGAGAAGCAGUUGGCUAUGGAACAGAAGAAUAGAGCCAUAGUUCAAAAGAGGCUAAAGAAGGAGAAGAAGGCAAAGAGAAAAUUGCAGGAAGCACUUGAGUUUGAGACGAAACGGCGUGAACAAGCAGAACAGACGCUAAAACAGGCAGCUUCAACAGAUAGUCUCAGGGUCUUAAAUGACUCUCUGACCCCAGAGAUAGAGGCUGACCGCAGUGGCGGCAGAACAGAUGCUGAAAGGACAAUACAAGAUGGAAGACUGUAUUUGAAAACUACUGUCAUGUACUGAAUCUUUCCUGUUGAAGAAAUCCAUGUUGUAGAAAAGAACUUUGCAGUCAGACAUUCGUCAUGGGAAAGUUCAGAAAAAAAUAAAGUCCUUUUAAGGGAACUUCCUGAAUUUUGUGUAUUAAUGUUCUUUAAAAGUUUAAGUAUUCUACAAAAAAAAAAGUUUCCUCCACUGAUUUUCACCUGUGGUUCAUACCAGACACCUGAGAAUGUUUGUAAAUGUACAAGUAUCAAAGUUCUUACUGUUAAUUACUGCAACUUGCUGCUGGACAAUUGUAUACAGAGUUAAAGGCAGGUCUGAAUAAGACCUAGCUUUGUUUUUUUCUAAUGGAAUGAACCAUUUUCCUCUUCUGAAAAUUCUGUAUCUGAGCACAUCAAGAGACUCUUGUAGCAGUGGUUACCCAGACUUACAGAAUUAUGUCCUCCAGAAACCAGCAAGAACACUUGGAACGAACUUGUAGGGGGCAUAGAGGAUUCUUGAAAAAAAAAAAAAAUGCAAGUGAUUUUCUGUUACAUUCAAUUUCAAACUCUCUAAUUGUGGGUUUUCUCCUGAAGAAUUUUUUUUCACAUACUUUCCAAAAGACCAACAAAUGGAUGUUGACAACAACCCAAUGAAAUAACAUUUUGCAUAUCUGAAAAGAAGCAUUGAAUAUAAGCCAAAAGCUUUCACUGAAGGUUUUUUUUUUUCUUAAAAAUAAAAAAAAUAUAUAACUGUAACAUGUUUUCAUUCCAAACUGGUAGUGGUAUAUAGAAUUAAAGAUAAUAAUCUUGCUUCUUAUUCAAACUGUUGGUCAUAUGUACAGUAUAUAAACAUAAAACACACAAGGAAGGUAUUAUGUAUGCAGUAGUACACUAGAGUUUAGGAAAAUGAAAAUUUUAGAAAAUAUGUUUUGUCACCCUGUUGGUCAGAAAGACGUCUUUCUGGUUUAACGCAUGCAGGCAUGUAAAUAUUUGUCUGGAGUCACAGUAUUAAUGAAUGAGAUCUUAAGCAUCUGGUGACAUCAGAACUCUGUGUCAGCCACUUUUAUUUGUAUAUUGAAUCCCAGCUAGUGCCCCAAGCUGCACUAUUGGGAAUGGAUUGUGGCUGAACAGCAAAUCAAAACACCAGAAAUAUUUUUAUAUGUUAAUGUCAUAUUAUGUUAAUGUUGCUGAAAACAAAACCUAACAAACCUUGAUGUACCAGUCCAAUACCAUGUAGCGCUGAGUGAUAAAGUUAAAAUGUGCUGUGCUUCCCACCCUUGUCAGAGGGAAGGGUGGCUAUGUGUUAUUUUCACUGUCUUUUUGAAAGUUACAGUAUGUGUUUUCACUUUUGUGCAGAUAACUGGAAGUAAAGCGGCAAACAUGCUUAUUACAUGCUAAAGUUACCUUCUCUUUGUUUUUUGCAUAUCUGGAAUUACACCUUUAAAGACUGAUAUGAAUCAGUACGGUCACUAUACAUUUUAUGAUUUUUCUGUCAUCUUAAAAUUGUAUGAUCGUAACAUUAUUUAUUACCACAAAACAGCAAAAUCUUCAAUGUCUAAGAAAACUAGCUUAAAAUGUUUAAAUAUAGUUCUGAUUGGGUAUUAAUUACUUGAUUAAGAAAAAAUUAACAUUAUAGAUACUCUGGCAUUACGCUUCUAUACCUUUUAGGUCUUCCUUGCAAUACUGGAACAUAAUUCUUUUGUGUAGCUCACUAUUAGCCAGCUAAGUUCAUUUUUUUAAUACCAUAAAAAGGUUAUAUGUACAGUUCCUAUCUUAGCUUGCUUACAAAGGGAGCAUUAUUUUUAUUUAAAGUAUUGUUAGUAAAUGAUUUGUAGAAACUUGGUUUUCUAAGCAUAGUUCUUCCAUAACCACCUUUUGUUGUUUGAGCACAAGAGAUUCUUUUCCUAGUUCUAUGUGUUUUUUUCCCUAUAUGCAGUCUUUAAAGGAUUACAACACUUAAAAUUGAAUGGACUUGUGUCAAGCUUUUGCAUCAUACAUUUUUUGAAAGAUUUUUUAAAAAGCCUACAACUUACAUAUGUAGUAGAAUCAGCCAUUGCUCUGCUCCUGGCAUAGAGUCACCUGUUACGUGGAUUAAAUAGUUUUAAAAUACAUACUUUGAAGACCUUUGAGAAUGCUUUAGUGUUUGAUUUGAAAUGAAAGGAAAUUUUAGCAAGGAUUAAAGAAAAAGCUAUCAGCUGUAUGUUAAGAGAGACUCUUACUAACAUGUUGUAAAUAUUACAGUUCAUGAAAUGUUAUUGUAAGUCUGUAACUUAAUUUUUUCCCUAUUUUAGUUAUACAGGUUGGUUUGGAAAUUUGUGUUUUGGCAUAAACAAGUAAAAUGUGCCCAUUUUAUGGUUUCCAUGCUUUUGUAAUCCUAAAAAUAUUAAUGUCUAGUUGUUCUAUAUUAUAACCACAUUUGCGCUCUAUGCAAGCCCUUGGAACAGAACAUACUCAUCUUCAUGUAGGACCUAUGAAAAUUGUCUAUUUUUAUCUAUAUAUUUAAAGUUUUCUAAAAAUGAUAAAAGGUUAUUACGAAUUUUGUUGUACAAAAUCUGUACAAAAAUCUGUUUUUACAUCAUAAUGCAAGAAUUGGAAAUUUUUCUAUGGUAGCCUAGUUAUUUGAGCCUGGUUUCAAUGUGAGAACCACGUUUACUGUUAUUGUAUUUAAUUUUCUUUUUCUUUUCAACAAUCUCCUAAUAAAACUGUCUGAAAUCUCCCUGUGACUUUAUUUACAGUUCGCCUUUAUUAAAUUUUGUGAAAUGCAUAGCAUUGAAGGAAUAUUUACUUUCUAAUGGGAGGCAUCUAAAAACAACACAAGUCAGCUCUUUGCAAUGCAAAGGGAACAAUGCUCAAUGAUUUUAUUUAACAUGCAACUGCUUCUAUCUCUAAUAUGAAUUACUGUGGUGAAAAACAUCAUAAAAGCACACUCUGUAGUUAUUGUUUAACAAGCAGAUUUUCCAUAUUUUGUUUCUUGCCAGCUAAGCAAACUGCCCACAUAUACAUGAUUUAUUUAUGUACAUUUCUCAGUUUAUGAAGCUGUUAUUUGUA